AAGGGAAUUCACUCUUACGUACGUACGUAGGGGUUUCACGAAAAACAACAGGAAAAAAAUUAACACACGACGGAAUUACGCUUGGCGUCAUCAAUGCAGAAUGUUUACAUGAAUCUUUUUUCCUAACGUGACGGCCAUGAUAGGCAGGUUCGGUUCGUCAAAUGUGAAAGAUUAAAAGCCCUUCGCAAUCCGAGUUCUUGAUCAAGUUCCCAUUCUGUGUCAGAAACAAGCACACUCCCUAAGGACUAUCUCCAGAUCGUGAACCUUUCCCGUGUCAUGAUGAUCCUCAUUUUGUUCUCGAUCAUUAUAGUGUUAAGUCUAGUGCAAUAUGUUCGGUUCCAGAGAAAAAUGUUGUUCGCAAAAGAUCUGCUGACAGUGCAACCAUGUUAUCCAGUGGUCGGAAAUGGACUUUUGUUCCUCGGGAAGAGUGGUGAAGAACGGUUCUACAAUCUGGCUGGUGUGCUAAACAACCCCGCCAAAUUAUUUAAAAUGUGGCUAGGCGUGUAUCCCGUUAUAUGUACAAGUGAUCCUAGCAUGGCUCAAAAAAUCCUCACAAAUCCAAACUGUAUGCAGAAACCAUUUAUUUACAAUUUCUUCAAAUUAGAUUAUGGACUUUUUGGGGCACACUACAACGUAUGGAAGAAGCAACGGAAACACCUGAACCCGACAUUCAAUCAGAAAAUUUUGAACGGAUUUGUGCCAAUCUUCGACAGAUGUGCACAAAAUCUGGUCCAAACACUUGCUGCUCUUCCGGAGGGCGAAUCGAUAAAUAUUACGGAUUAUGUGAAUCGGUGUACACUGGAGAUGGUCUGUGCAACCACUAUCGGUGCUGAUUGCAAUAAAAAUCCGGGCGUGAAUAAACUUAUGACAUUGAUUAUAGGAAUAUUUAAUCUGGCAUCAGCGCGAAUUCUCAACAUGCACUUGUAUUGGGAAAGGAUCUACCAACUGACAAAGGAGUAUAGAGAAGAACAGCUAAUGCGAACAGAAGCUUACAACUACGCUAACCAGAUUCUUCAGGAUGCCGUUAACUGUCGAAGUAAACAAGCGAAUCGUGCCGAGAGUGAUGAAACUGAUGACGAUGGAUACCGACGGCCGCAAAUCUUUAUCGAUCAAUUGUUGGAACUCCAAGAAGCCAAUAAACUAGAAGACAUUGAAGUUAUACACAAUGUGUAUACCGUUAUUGUCGGAGGCUCGGAUACGUCAGGUACGGAACUGGGCUAUGCUGCACUCGUGCUCGCGUCGUAUCCCCAAAUCCAGGAGAAAGUGUACAAGGAAAUUGUAGAGGUAUUUCCAUUGGAGGACCCAGUCAACUUCACACAGGAAACGUUGAAACAGUUAGAGUACACCGAAAUGUUCCUCAAAGAAUGUCUUCGAUUGUACCCCAUUGGUCCACACCUCAUGCGUGAAGGAAUUGCAGAAUUUGAAUUGGACGGGAUGAAGGUUCCAAAAGGUAUGUUCUAUUUAGUAAGCAUAUACAAUAUGCAUCGGAAUAAAGAAGUUUGGGGACCGAACGCGGACAAGUUUGAUCCAGAAAAUUUCACCCCGGAGCGAAGCAGUGGUCGUCAUCCAUUCGCGUUUCUCCCGUUCAGUGGAGGAAACCGGAAUUGCAUCGGUAGUCGAUAUGCAAUGAUCAGUAUGAAGAUUAUUCUGGUACAUUUGUUGAGGAACUUUUCACUGUCAUCUAACAUGAAGCUGGAAGAUUUGCGAUUUGAGUUUGACGCCCUGCUGAGGACAACCAAAGAACCUCAAAUUAUUCUCGAACAACGAAAAUUCUCACCACUCUUCGUAAGCUAGAUACAAGUGUCACAUGUUGCUUUCUCUUCAUUGAUAUCA